CAAAUAUGAUAUAAAAUAUUUAGAAGCAAGAAAAAGGAAAUAUCUCUAUUAACUAUUUAAAAUGAACUGUGGCAAUUGUGGAUAAAACACGUGGAGUUCAAUUUUUGUAGCCCUGUAGCAAUUGUCAAAUUCUGUUGUUAAAACCUCUACAGUACGAAGAGAGAGGUUAUGUGGGCAAUAACGUAGUCAUGUCUGGUACCACGGCCACUAUACGUACAAGAAAGUUUAUGACGAAUCGUCUGCUAUGCCGCAAACAAAUGGUCUGCGAUGUCAUUCAUCCGGGCCUUUCAUCUGUGAGCAAAACUGAAAUUCGUGAAAAGUUAGCAGCCAUGUAUAAGGUAACGCCGGACGUUUGCUUCGUUUUCGGAUUUCGUACCAAUUUUGGUGGCGGACGCUCAACUGGAUUUGCCUUAAUCUAUGAUACUUUGGAUUUCGCUAAGAAAUUUGAACCUAAAUAUCGUUUGGCCCGGCAUGGAUUAUUAGAAAUUAAAAAACAGACUCGUAAACAGCGCAAAGAACGUAAAAACAGAAUGAAGAAGGUGCGUGGUACCGCUAAAGCGAAGAUUGGUCAAAGCGCCAAGAAAUAAAUAGAACCAGCAUAUUAUUCCGAAAGCUUUUCCUUUUGAUGUGGAUAUGGAAUUAAGGAGUUUUGAAAUUAAAACAUUUGUUUUGUAUUUUAAGUAAAUAAAAAAGUAAACAAAG